AUGGAAAAUCUUGAUCGGAUUCUCGACCAUUUCACAGAUCCCUUUGCGGGGUCAUUGCACGGCGCAGCGUUCAUUGCGAUUGACAAGUCAGGAAAUGUUAUCUACAAGCGUGCCGCCGGAAAAGCGGAUUUUGAUACAUCUAGUGCAAAGCCCUUGGGAAUAGACUCUCUAUACUGGAUUGCCUCAAUGACGAAGCUGGUCACAGCAGUGGCUGUCAUGCAGCUAGUGGAACGCGGAAUUAUAUCAUUAGAUGAUGACGUCCGCGAGAAAGUCCCAGAGCUCAGAGAUAUACAAAUUCUAGAAGAUAUGAAGUACGGUAUGCUAUCCAAAGCCGGAUUUACGUUCUUCACUCUAAUCGUCAGCUUGGGGUCUCUAGACUCUUCUCUGGAAUCAGCUCAGCCAAAACUUGUGCCCGUUCAAGGGAAGAUUGCUAUUCGAGAUUUAUUGUGUCAUUCUGCCGGCUUUGUGUAUGACACCUCUUCGCCGUUGUUAAAAGAGUGGUCCAAGUCCCAAGGGAGGACAGCGCACACUUUUUCUGGCAGCAUGGCAGGGUAUACCCAUCCAUUAGUUUUUCAGCCUGGUACCUCGUGGUUAUAUGGAGCCGGGCUAGACUGGGCUGGUCGGCUGAUCGAGUGUGUGACCAACUCUACCCUGGAAGAGUAUAUGCAUGUCAACAUUUGGAGUAAGCUUGGAGCGACAUCGACAACUUUUCAUCCGGAAUUGCACCGUGACACCCUACCUCCACAAAUGGGGAUGGGGUAUCGAGUCAGUGUCGGCCAGGGUGCUAAAUCGGUCAAGCCGUGCCCUAUUAUUCUAGGUCAGCCAUUGCAAGAUGACUUGGGAGGUAUCGGUCUCUGGAGCACACCAAUGGAUUUUACCAAAUUGUUGGCCGCGCUUCUCACAGGUGGCCAGCCAUUGUUGACCGAGGCUAGUGUGGAGAUAUUGUUCAAACCACAAUUGGGUGGUAGAUCUCGGGCAGCAAUGCCAAAGCCACUUGGAGGCCAAAUGCGGCGUAUACUAGGGAUCAAGGGCGUGGAUGACAUUGAGCAAGCCGAUCAUUGUUUGGCCGGCACAAUAACAUCGAAAGAUAUUCCUGAUCGCAGACGAAGUGGUACGGUCAACUGGAGUGGCUUGCCAAAUCUCCAUUGGUGGAUCGACCAGGAGACAGGCAUUGCAGCCGCUUUGUUCACACAGCUCAUGCCACCGGGAGAUGCUGCCGUCACUAGUCUUUUGAUUGAGCUGGAAAAAGCCCUAUACAAGGCUUUGGGCAGGAAGUCGGGGCAUUUUAAUAGUACUGUGAAGUUGUAG